AUGGGAGACCAGUUGAAAGAGUAUGAGGGUCUAAGAGAGAAGCUGAACAAGACAUUGUUGCAAAAAAAGCAGCUGGAAGACGAGUUUGACGCGUUACAGCAGGAAAUCUAUGACAAAGAGACUGAAUAUUUUAGUAACAGGACUAUUGCCACUGCAUCUGGUGCUUUGAAACAUGUGAGUACUCCAGGGAAUAUCAUCAAGGGAUUUGAUGGCUUUACCAAGUCGCACAGCCACCAUCAUCACGGGGGGACUGCUUCUGCGGCCAGUAGUUCUUUGAAUUUGAACAGUCUCAAUACCAACAGCGAUUUCCCAAUUGAAAAUAGUGAUCGCAUCUUCUCCCUUAGCAGUGCCACUUUUAUCAAACAGUUGCAACAGCAGCAACAAAGUUUGCGCAAUUUUCAGCAGUCGCAACUGCAAGGAGAAGAGGACGAUGGAGUCUACGAUGACGACGAUGAUGCUGAAGAUGGCAAGAUCAGACCAAAUGGUAGAAACUUAUCCAGAUAUUAG